ACAGAGUCAGCAGUGCUGGAGUUCAGAGUAAAAGAUGUGGGGCAGCUUGUGCCUCUCUUACCCAACCCGUGCAGCCCCAUCAGUGAAGGCAGGUGGCAGACAGAAGACCAUGAUGGAAAUAGGAUCCUUUUGCAGGUAUGAUUAGCUGGUGGAGAGUGUUCCCAGAUCGCCUUCAUGUUGCCCAUUUUCUUCUCUGCAUUUAUCCUGUCUGCUUGCUGCUUAACCAAAGGAAACUGCAUCUCCUAUGAUGAGCUGAAAGAGCUGAAAACUGAAUUUGCCAUCAAACUCUACCACCAUGUAUCUGAAGCAGAGAACAGAACGAAUCUGGUAGUCUCUCCAGCAAGUGUGGCUGUUUCUUUGGAACUGCUGCAGUUUGGAGCACAAGGAAAUACCCUUACAGAGCUGCAGGAUGCCCUAGGAUACAACAUUCAUGAUCAAAGCAUGCAGGACUUCUUGCGCACGGUGUAUGAGGGAGUGACCGACUCAAGCCAAGGCACGGUGGUUCAGCUGGCGUGUUCCUUCUUUGUGGAUGCUGGCGUGCAGCUCUCGCCCCACUUCACUGCACACGCUGCACGCUGGGCGAACAGCAGCCUGCAGCAAACCAACUUUACUGACCCAAACAGGACCGCUGCCCAAAUACAGGAAUGGAUCACCAGUAACCUCGCAGAUGGGGAUGUGCACGGCAUGCCGUUGGAGACUGCUGGGUCGUCGCUCAGCCAGGUUGCCUUGGUGAGCACCAUGUAUUUCAGAAGCAUGUGGCAAAAGAAGUUUUCUCUUAUGGACACUCAGAUGUUGCCUUUUACCACAUCAGAGGGCUCAACCCUGAAAGUGCCCACAAUGCAUCAUACAGCUGAAGUUAACUACGGCCAGUUCCAGACUGCAACUCUGGAGGCUUUCAGUGUGGUCGAGUUACCCUACCUGGGGGAGAAACUCAGCAUGUUCCUAGUGCUUCCCAACCAUAAAAGAACGCCUUUGUCCCAGAUUGAGUCUCACCUUUCUGCCAAAGACAUAACCCUCUGGGCCAACAGCUUAAAGAGAACAAAGAUGGACAUUUUUUUACCUAGGUUCAGUAUUCAAAGCCUUUUUGACCUAAAGACAGUUUUUUCUGCCUUGGGAAUUAGAGACGCAUUUGAUCCCAUCACUGCUAAUUUUAAAGGCAUUUCAGAUCAAGAUAGUCUUUAUAUUUCAGAAGUUAUUCACAAAGCAGAGAUUGAAAUAACAGAAGAUGGCACAAAGGCAUCAGGAGCUACAGCAAUGGUAUUACUAAAAAGAUCUCGAACACCUAUUUUCAAAGCAGAUCGACCCUUCACAUUUUUUCUGAGACAAACUAAUACAGGUUCGAUACUCUUUAUAGGAAGAGUCACAAAUCCUUCGUGAUAAGCACUAAACAAAUACACUGUCUUCUGUUCCUCCUGUGGUGAGCAUUCCUCCAAUGAAAUUAAAGGCUACAUUAUAUGUAUUUAUUAAACACUGCUUUAAGCAGUAACACUUUUGCAAGAAAAAGUGAGAAUAAGCCCUCCACUACUUUAUUACAUUGUACACACUGUUGGAAACUUAAUAGUUGUCUAGGAAUCAUGAGCAUCACAACUACAGCAAAGACAGUAAGCAUAUAAACAUUUGAGAAAAAAAACUAAAGAGAUUUUGCCCCUUAAAUAUUUAACAGCAUAGGCCAACAGCUUCAGCUUAACUUCAUCAUGGCUAAAAAGCUUGGCUGUUGCUGAGUAUGUAAGUCAUCUGAAUGAAAGCAUCUUACAAGAAAGUUUUGUGAUGUUAUUUUUCAAGCACAAUUUCAUUUCCCUGUCCUGAAGUCAAAAGCUCAAGAAUAAAACUGAAGUUCAGUCUGACCCCAGACAGAUAUAAUCCAGCUGAGAUAGUAAGGUAUCAAGCAAACAGCAAGAUGCUGUGAAAAGAAAAUUAAGCUGAAAGGCUAUUUCAAAACUGGCACAGAAUCAUAAAGGUUGGAAAAGGCAUCUAAGAUCAUCGAGUCCAGCCCUUAGCCCAGCACUGCCAAAUCAACCACUAAACCAAGUCCCUAAGCACCACAUCUACACAUUUUUGAUCGCUCCCAGGGAUGGCGAUUUUACCCCUUCCCUGGGCAGCCUAUUCCAGUCAGAGCAGACAGGAAGCAGGAACAUCCACUCAAUCACUGACCAAACAAAUAUUAUUGCCAAAAAAAGUAACAUUAAUACCUUUACUACCUUUGAGGUGUAUACAACAUAAAAUGGACACUCCUAAGGAACACUGAAUGAAGCCAAAAGCAUCUAGAAAAUGUGAGGGUUUUUUUAGCGUCCUGGACAAGAGGGCACGGGCUUAAGCUCUGCCAGGGAAGGUUUAGGCUGGAUAUUAGAAAGAAGUUCUUCACAGAGAGAGUGAUCAGGCAUUGGAACGGCCUGCCCAGAGAGGUGGUGGAUUCACCAUCCCUGGAGGUUUUUAAGAUGAGGCUGGAUGCGGCACUGAGUGCCAUGACCUAAUAAUCACGGUGGGGUUGGACUUGAUGAUCUCAGAAGUCUCUUCCAACCCUGUUAAUUCUAUGAUCCUAUGAUCCUGACAAAAGCUGGGAUACAGCAAGUGUUCAGCAAUUCACAGUACAAGCACUAGAACCCAAGGCCCAGAGAUUCUGAGUGAAAAUUGCAAAUCACUGACUCCUACAAAAAGCAGAGAGGACUGUUUGUUUUAGCUCUCACUGAAUCAAACAAGGCUUUCCAGAAAUUCAGGGCUCAUCUAGCACUGAUGAAAGACAAGGCCAGUAAAGCAAUCAGUGAUGUUUUGUGUCCAAGCAGCAGCACCUUCUGGUUAUUCCUGCACUUGUAAACACAAAAACUUCUGACACAAGAAAACCCUGCACAGCCUUUCUUAAAGACUACUGACUCAUUGCUUUACCCCACUCUAUCUCUCAAUAAAACUGAGGCAUUUGUCAUUGCUGUAAAUGGGCAUACAGAACACCACAAAACAGUGGAGGGCUAAGUACACAAGAUAUCAUCCAAAUGUAGUUGCAGUUCAGCAUUAUCUUUCUUUCACCCAUUCUCUGAUUAAUGGAAUACCCAGUAAUACAAAACUACUCAAUUCUUUAACAAUGAUACCAGAAUAUAUAAGCUCUGAGAAGGGAAGGCAAAACGAAUCACUCCAAUAAAAACUGUACUCAAUCCCACACAAAGAUUAAAAUAGAGAUUUUAUUGAUGGAAUAACAAAAGUGCUUUUCUUAAAUAUAUUUCAAAAUACAUUUAUACAACUUACAAUAAUAUAUCCAAAAUAACUGUAUAUACAAAACAUUACCUUGUUUAAUGUAUGUGCUUUUUUUUUUGAAAAUUACAAAGCAACUUUUUGGCAAAGUUCAACCUUGAGAGGUGAUAGUUUUGAAGGUUGGAUUAAGAAAAAUAGAACCUGAGGGAAAGUGACACUUAUGUCCAUGACAAGCAAGAAGUUCUGCAUUUAGUUAAAUAAAAAUUUCUUGUAGUAUUUUUCACAUUACAAAAAUAACAGAAGUGAAGAAAAAAAAAGA